AGGAAGACUGACUAAUACGGAGUACAAGAAAGUGAGAAACUAUCUCGAAAGUCGAAACCCAAUAAAAAAAGUUCACUGAUCACACGUCCUGACUGCAUAAAAUUCGAAUUUCCUCCAUUUUCUUUGUCUUUCCACCUUCAUUUACACCUGUAUUUUUCCCCCAAAAUCCUCCCUCUCUCUCCUCCGUCUUUUCUUCUCAAUUUUUCCUCUAAACCCUAACAAUUUCAAAUUUGCUUGGGGGCGAUAAAUUUCUCAGCUAAUUUUAAAUCAUAUGUACUGAUGGAGGACAAACCUAAUGGAAUGGAAGAUGAUAAUGAGAAAGUGGACGAGGAUGUAGAUGAGGAUGUGGACGAGAAAGUGAACGAGGAUGUAGAUGAGAAAGUGGACGAGGAUGUAGAUGAGGAUGCCGGGGUUUAUGAGAAAUCUUCUUCGGGGGAAUUCAGUGAGGAGGAUGGUGAAGUGGCAUUGGAAGGAAGUGGAUCACAACCUGAGGGCCCUCUGACAGAAGCCGAUAUACAAGAUUUGAUUGAUGAAUUACUUGAAGUAGAGAGUAAGGCAGCAGAGGCACAAGAAGCGCUUGAAGAAGAGUCUUUGUUGAAUGUUGAGAAGGAUGUUAGAGAAGAGUUGGCUGUAAAUCUAAAAGGCAAAGAUUUAGACAAGGCUGUGGCAGAGGAAAUGGCAGCAUUAAGAGAACAGUGGGAGGAAACGCUUGACGAGCUUGAGACAGAGAGUGCUCACUUACUGGAGCAACUGGAUGGUGCUGAUAUUGAUCUACCAAGAUUCUAUAAAUGGAUUGAGAGCAAUGCUCCAAAUUGUUGUCGUACUGAAGCUUGGAAGAAAAGGACUCAUUGGGUUGGAACUGAGGUUGGCAGUGAUGCUGUAGAAUCCAUUAAGGAUGCCGAAAAGCAUCUUCAAACCCUUAGGCCCGUAAAGAGUCGACAUGGUAAAACUCUGGAGGAGGGUGCUAGUGGAUUUCUUGCCAAAAAAAUGUGUGCUAAUAGUGUUGGUGAGAGUUCGACUGAAAACCCUGGAGUGGAAUGGAGCUCUUUUAACAAAUUAUGCUCAAAAGAACCAUCCAAGGAGGAUACGGCCUUUGGUAGCAAGCAGUGGGCUUCAGUAUACUUUGCAAGUACUCCUCAGCAAGCUGUAGCUAUGGGGCUUACAUUUUCUGGGGUGGAUGAGGUUGAGGAAAUUGAUGACAUUGAUGAUGAUCCAAAUGAUCCAUUUGAAGCUGAUGCCGUAGCAAAUGAAAAGGAGCUGUAUCUCUCACAGGAGCAAAGGAAAAACUACAAAAAGAUCAAAGAGGAAGAUGAUUUGAGUUAUGAUCAAAAGCAUCAGCUUCAUUUGAAGCAAAGGAGAAACAGAAAAAGGAAACAGAACUCCAGCCUUGCUGAAGGCUUAUUGAGUGAUAAUGAGGAGGUCAUCUGCCAAGAUCGGAAAGCUGCAAAGCUCGAUAAUUGUGGACUUUCGGCAGAUGCUGUAGAGGAAGAAAAAACUUCUAUCAGUGAUUCUCCUGAGCUUUCAAUGGCUAAGUCAGUUGAACCUUCUUGUGGCUCCAAGCGUUCAUGUGAUGAUGAGGCUCUAGACCAUGAAGCUAAGAGAAGUCGGACUGGUGUUCUGGAGAGUGAUAAUGAAGCUCAAUUUAUUGGUUGCCAUGAGGCAUUAGAAGAUCCCGUUGCUCAAGAAAUUGCUGAUGAGUUUGGAAAAGUUUGCUGCACUGCCUGUGGUAAUGUUACAAAGGAGAUCCAUGAACAUCCUCUUCUGAAAGUAAUUGUCUGUGGGAAUUGCAAAUCUGUCAUUGAGGCGAAAACGAAGGAUCUCCAGUGCUCGGAGCGCUAUUGUGUAUGGUGUGGAAGAAGUAAUGACUUACUGAGCUGUACAUCAUGUAAACUUUUAUUUUGUUUAUCAUGUAUAAAGAGGAAUAUCAGAGUAGAAUGCUUUCCAGAAGGUACAUGGAAAUGCUGUUCCUGUUCUCCAGAGCUCCUGCAGCAAUUAACUUUGGAACUUGAGAAAGCUGUUGGCUCAAAAGAAUCAACAGGUUCUAGCUCUGAUAGUGAUACAGAUAAUUCAGAUGAUGAGAUUGACGACUCUAUCAGCAAAAACAAGUCUGGGAAAAAGAAAAUUCGAAGGAUAUUGGAUGAUACUGAGCUAGGAGAGGAGACAAAGAGAAAAAUUGCUAUGGAAAAGGAACGUCAGGAACGGCUCAAUUCUCUCAAAGCACAGUUCUCAGCCAGGCCCAUGAUGAUGAAUACUUCUACCUGUAAUGAUUUACCUGAAGGUGCUAGCUCUGAAGUUCUUGGUGAUCCCUCAACUGGUUUUAUAGUGAAUGUUGUGAGGGAGGAAGGUGAGGGCGCUGUCAGGAUUCCUCCAAGCAUUUCUGCCAAGUUAAAAACUCACCAGGUUGCAGGGAUUCGUUUUAUGUGGGAAAACAUCAUUCAGUCUAUCAGAAAUGUGAAAGCUGGGGAUAAAGGUCUUGGUUGCAUCUUAGCUCAUACCAUGGGUCUCGGUAAAACGUUCCAGGUUAUAGCCUUCUUAUACACUGCUAUGCGAAGUGUUGAUUUAGGUCUAAAAACAGCAUUGGUUGUCACACCAGUGAAUGUGCUGCACAAUUGGUGGCAGGAGUUUAAAAAGUGGGAGCCUGAAGAAUUCAAGCCUCUUCGUGUUUACAUGCUGGAAGAUAAAUCAAGGGAGCAACAAAGAGCUGAGUUACUAAUGAAGUGGAGAAGAAAGGGUGGGGUAUUCUUGAUUGGCUAUUCGUCAUUUAGAAACCUAUCCCUUGGAAAGAACAUGAAAGAUCGUCAGUCAGCCAAAGAAAUAUGCCACGCACUCCAGGUAGGGCCUGACAUACUUGUUUGUGAUGAAGCUCAUAUCAUCAAGAACACCAAGGCUGAAAUCACUCAAGCUUUAAAGCUAGUUAAAUGCCAGAGAAGGAUUGCUUUGACAGGGUCCCCUCUUCAGAAUAAUCUUAUGGAAUAUUACUGUAUGGUUGAUUUUGUGAGAGAAGGAUUUCUUGGAAGCAUUCAUGAAUUUCGCAAUCGGUUUCAGAAUCCUAUAGAGUAUGGUCAACAUGCAAAUUCUACUGCUGAAGAUGUGAGAAUCAUGAAUCAGAGGUCACACAUACUAUAUGAACAACUAAAAGGGUUUGUCCAAAGAAUGGACAUGAGUGUGGUGAAAAAGGACUUGCCUCCUAAGACUGUGUUUGUUGUAGCUGUGAAGGCUUCUUCACUGCAGAAAAAAUUAUACAAAAGGUUUCUUGAUGUUCAUGGAUUAACUGGUAACAAGGCUUCUUCUGAAGGAAUAAGGAAGAAUUUUUUUGCUGCUUACCAAACCUUAGCCCAGAUAUGCAAUCAUCCCUGCAUUCUGCAAAUGAUGAAAGACAGAAGGUAUGCAAAACGAGAAGACAAUCCAGAUGAUAACUCUAGUGAUGAAAAUAUGGAUGCCAAUUUGGUGAUUGGAGAAAAAGGAAAGACAAAAGCUGAUAAAGGCUUCCUUCAUGAGGGUUGGUGGAACAAUAUUCUUAAUCAGUAUAAUUACCAAGAGAUUGACUAUAGUGGCAAAAUGGUUUUGUUGCUGGAUAUUCUGACCAUGUGCACCGAAAUUGGUGAUAAAGCAUUAGUUUUUAGCCAGAGUAUAGCAACUCUGGAUCUGAUCGAAUCCUAUUUAUCAAAAUUGCCCCGGCUGGGUAAGAAGGGGAAACAUUGGAAACGAGGAAAGGACUGGUAUAGGAUUGAUGGGAAGACAGAAGGUUCUGAAAGACAGAAGCUUGUUGAUGCAUUUAACAAUCCUCAGAAUGGAAGAGUGAAAUGUACUCUUAUAUCAACAAGAGCUGGAGCUUUGGGGAUCAAUCUUUUUGCUGCCAAUCGCGUAAUCAUUAUCGAUGGUUCCUGGAAUCCAACACAUGAUCUCCAGGCUAUAUACCGUGCAUGGAGAUAUGGCCAGAAAAAGCCUGUAUAUGCUUAUCGGUUGGUGGCACAUGGGACUUUGGAAGAAAAGAUCUACAAACGCCAGGUGAAAAAGGAGGGUCUUGCUGCAAGGGUGGUUGAUAGACAACAAGUCUUGAGGAGCAUGUCUAAAGAAGAGAUUUCAGAUCUCUUUGACUUUGGUGAUGAUGAGAACCUUGAUGUGCUACCUGAUUUGGAAGUGAAUAAUGAGCGUAUGAACUACAGAAAGGCUGAGGAUUCGUUGAAACUGAAUUCAUCUGCAUGUCCCAGCAGCUGCUCUUCUGAUAAGCUAAUGGAAAGGCUACUUGAUCGGCAUCGCCUAAGAUGGAUAAUGAAUUUCCAUGAGCAUGAGACGCUGCUGCAGGAAAAUGAAGAGGAAAAGCUUACAAAAGAAGAACAAGAUUUAGCGUGGGAAGUAUUCAGAAGAAGUAUGGAGUGGCGGGGAGUGCAAAGAGCUCCAGUUGACAUCGAGUGGCAGGAAGUGAGUAGAGUUCCAGCUGACGUGUCAACAUUUGAGCAAAAUCAGAGCACCCUCAACACAUCAUGUAGUUCACAGAAGAAAACCUACGAUUCCAACCCUUUGGCUAAUAUUCCUACAAAGUACAGUAUGCAGGUACGGAAAUGCACCAAUAUUUCCCAUUUGUAUACUCUGAGGUUCCAAGGAACAAAAGUGGGUUGCAGUACUGUUUGUGGGGAAUGUGGCCAGCAUAUAAGUUGGGAAAACCUCAAUAGGGAUAGCAAGUGAAAAGGUUAGUGGUCAAGGAUCUCGUUAGGGCGAUAGCCCAUUUUGCAUAUGCUUGAUCCUUGUUAGUACUUUUAAUUUUUUUUGUAUAGUAUCUUGCUAGCUAUGCCCCUUUAGAUGCCAUGAUGAUUCUUUCCCUAUACUACACUUUUGACAUUGGUAGGCAGCCGUAGGCCUCUAACCCCUGAUCCUGCUCCUGCUCCGAAUUAGGAUCAAAUAGUUACAACUUACAAUGUACAGCAAACAGCCAAUUUUUGGGAUCACAAUAUUCAUGAUAUAAAAUCAUCAUUUUGUUCAAGCUUGAAA